CAUUCACUGUCUGUGCUCCGCCGAUGCGCACACGUUUUUUCCGUUCGUUACAAGUUUUUUUUCCAGCAGUUAAUAAAAUGGGAAAACGAAAACAUUCCGAUCAAGAUGGAUAUGAGUAUAUUAUAAAGAAGUUAAGAAAGUUGGAAAAAAGGGUGAAACGAUCCAAGAAAAAACGACGUGACUCAUCAACAUCAAGUGAUUCGCAUAACUCGGUUGCUUCGCCGAAAAACCUAGAAGACGGCUCAAUGGUCGAGUUGGAAUCAAUAUACGUUGACAACGAUGUUACGGCGGUGGAUUUGGAGACCACAAAUGACGAAUGCCGGCCAGCGAGUGUUGUGAACAUCUCGCGACCAGAACGCGAGUGCUCACCUAUAGCUUCAACGAGCAAAGCUGCGCUUGCGUCAACAAGUGUCGAGCCACAACCAGGUAUCGAAUCUCAAUCAAUCGAAGCGCCACAGUCACAAACAAAUACCUCACCGUGUGAAGAACCGAUGGACAAAAUUAUGCUAGAACUAUUAGGAGAUGAUCCAUCCGUUACCAAAUCAUAUGGCAAUGAGAUUAAUUCUGGACUAGCAGUUCGUAUCCAGCACAUGGUAACCAACGGCCUAUCCAAAGAUACCCGUAAAGAGCUGCAGACUAAAUACCUGCCCCCUAGUAACUGCACUUUUGUUGACGCCCCCACUCUUAAUCCGGAAAUAAAAGCUGCUGUUUCCGAGACAGUCUUAAAAAGGGAUAAGGGCAUCGAAUUGAAACAGAAACUCCUUGGAAGUGCAAUUACCUGUAUUGGGGAGGCUAUAUCCAAACUGUUAGCCGUGGAAGAUAAAAAUACAGAAUUGAUUAAGCUCCUAAUGGAUGCUUGUCGUAUUAUAUGCGACUGCCAAAAUACUGAUUCUGUAACACGUCGAAAUUUCAUACUCUAUAAUCUUAAAAAGGAAAUGAGAGAUCAGUUACAAAAAUCUAAGAUUGACACUUCUCUUUUUGGUGCGGACCUAGCAGAAAAUAUAAAAACUGCCAGAAAUAUCUCGAAGUCAGGAGCCGAGCUAAAAUCAGCUCCACCACCUAAGCCUGCUGCUACAAAAUUCACCAAGCAAACUCCAGUUUCUACGCCUCAAAGGAAUUUAAACUGGAAGGCUCCUCCUCAGAACCGCAGGCCGAAAGGGACUCAGGAGCCGAAGGAGCCUGCACAGAGGAGUCAGCCCGCGAGCUCCUCGCGACCAUCAUAUCGAGCGCCACCUCCGAAGAAUCGCAACCGACGCUAGACACGCAACCGCAACGUUCACCAACGACUUACCCUGGUUGCCGGAAUCUUAUCACCAGAUCAAUGAUUAAGAAACAGGUUCCACUAUCUUCAAUUAAUAUAAUUCUAGCUUCUUUGGCUGAAAAUACGAUAAAGCAAUAUGACACAUGUUUAAAAAAGUGGUUCCAAUUCUGUAUUGCUCAUAAUUACAAUCUGUUAGAGGAGUCUGUUCCAAAUAUCUUACUCUUCUUAACUGAGCAGUUCGAAGCUGGUGCUCAGUACGGUACCCUUAACAGCUGUAAGUCCGCACUGUCUCUAAUUUUUGGACCACAAAUUGGAAAUGACAUUAGAGUCAAGCGUCUAUUCAGGGGUAUAUUCCGAUUACGUCCCCCGUUGCCAAAAUACAAUUGUACUUGGGAUACCUCGUUAGUCUUAGAUCAUUUAGGUAAAUGGUAUCCCAAUCAAUCUUUAAGUUUGGAGAAAAUUUCUAAGAAGCUUGUUACCUUAUUAGCCCUAACGACCGCUCAUAGGAUCCAAACUCUAUCUAAGAUUAACAUUCAUAAUAUUGAACGAUACCCGGACAAGAUAAUUAUCAAAAUUCCUGAUCUUAUAAAAACUUCUCGUAUUGGAUCACAACAGCCUACUCUAGUUUUGCCUUCUUUUCAUAAUAAACCUCAAAUCUGUCCCGUUAACACUUUGGAUUCGUAUUUAAAUAUGACUGAAACCUUACGCACUGACAAUUCUCAUCUCUUUAUCAGUUUACGAAAACCACAUUCUAAAAUUACAUCUCAGUCUCUUAGUCGUUGGGUUAAAAACACACUUGAAGAAUGUGGGGUAGAUGUAUCCAUUUUUACAGCGCACAGCACUAGGCAUGCUGCGACUUCUAAGGCAUAUAAACUUGGGGUCAACAUCGAUUUAAUUAGAAAAACGGCAGGGUGGACUGGCAGCUCAAAUACCUUUGGGCGUUUCUAUCAUAGAGAAAUUUAUAACAAUGUGGAACAGACUUCUUUUGCCAGGUCUAUUAUAACAGGUGAAUCGGAUGAUGAUUAAUUUAUAAGUUAAAAAUGUUUAUAAUUAAAAAUUUAAACAGUAUAACUUAA